ACAGGCGGGCACACACACGGACACGGACAGGGACAGGGACACGGACACGGACACGCGCGGUGCGUGCGCGCAGCCCGCCGAGGUAAGUCCAGCCCCCAGCAUCCAGCGGGGCCAUCCUCCUGCUGCUGGAUUUUUCCAGCCGGAGCAUCCUGCCGGCUCUGCCGUGAUUUAUGGAAAGCGGUUUCUGACGCGGGGCUUUUUCUAUUACGACACGGACCCACGGACUGGAGGAGGCAAAGCUGCAGUCAGGGCAGGAGAAGUGAGGGAGGGGAAGAGGCGGGAGCAGAGGGACACGGAGGAGUGGAGAGGACAGAGGGAGAAACACGCACCGAGACACUUCAGAGAUGGGUGAGUUAUAACUAAGAGAGCAGGAGGAAAGGCAGAGAAAGGAAGAGAAGGAGAGCCGUGAGGAAGAGAAAGGGAAAGGAGAUCAGAGACUGAGUCAGCUUUCAGAGGGCAAACACCAGGAGACGAGUUCAGGGAACACCCCAGGAUAUCAAGAAGGACCUGUUCUGUCUGAAUCUUCACCAUGAGCACAAGGAAGAGCUGCCCCUUGCCACUGGGACAUGGAGACCAGGAGGAGCAGCAAAGUGAGGGCACUCCCGACCUGGAGCGACAGGAGUGUGAGAUGGAGCUGAGGAACAAAGCUAUUCUGCAACAGAAGAGGCGCCUCAAACAGGCCACCCAGUUUGUGCACAAGGACUCUGCUGAUCUGCUGCCCCUGGAUGGCUUGACAAGGCUUGGCACCUCCAAGGAUCUGCAGCCCCAUAGUGUGGUCCAGCGGCGCCUCUUGGAAGGCAACCUGAACAAGCUGCGGGGCGAGGCCAGGGGUCAGUCUGCACGGGUUCAAUCUCCGCUGGCAAAAGACCAGGAUGAAAAGAUGGAAAAGGGAGAGGACAGGAGAAAAGAGACUUCACCCCUGCUAAUACAGUGCCAGUGCCAAGGUCAGGAAUUGAAAGUGACUGUUAACACUGGGUGUCUACCAAACCUCAUCUCCAAGAGGUGUUUAAACCAGCUGGGGCUGGAAGAAGUGUCUGCCAUGGACUGUGGAGACCUCUCUCCUCUCAUCCCCAGUGUUGUUGGCCGACUAGAACAUUUGGAAUUGCAGUUUGGCCAGGAGACAGUGCUGUGUUCAGCAUUGGUUGUAGAUGAUGAAAUGCUGGAGUUUUGCAUUGGCCUCCAGACUCUGUUGUCUCUCAAGUGUUGCAUUGACUUGGAGGAAGGAGUCCUGAGAUUUAAAGCACUGAGUGAGGAGCUGCCUUUUCUACAUGCCUCUGAAGAGCCUGGUCAGUGACUGGCUGCAUUCCCCAUGUCUGGAGACUUGCUGCCAUGAGAGAGAUGAGGGUGAGGCUCCCAUGCCCCUAACCUUGCUGAGUUCUAGGCUGAGGCAUUCAAUGGGGAGUGAGAAAAAGGCAAGUGGGUGCUAGAAGCUGUCACUGGGAGUGCCUCAACUUGAGAUAUCCUUCCUUUCAGUGGACCCUCUCGCUUGUCCUGAUGUGCCGAGUGGGCAUUUUGUUCUCGUUCUGCUAUUUGGCCCUAGUCACUCCAAUUUCUGUAAUAAAUUUAUGCUACCCCUUUAAUGACUUUACAACACACUCUGUUCACAAGAGAGUCUCUGUGAACAAUCUCCAGUUGUUCUAUUGACAGGAGAACAGUGUUUUCUUCAAAGACCUCCAAAGAUUACCACAAAUGUUUCCCUCCUCGUUGCCUCAAUGCCAGCAUACACUAGUCCUGUUUCUUUGUCAGAAGGGCUCUGUUCCCUUUGUCUGUACUCUGGGAAGCUGGAUUUUGCUGCUUUUGCUGGCUCAGAGCAGAACAGAAGUAUUUUCCUGGGAAAACCGUGGCAAAAACAGUUUUAGAGUUCUCAGUUCUAAGAAACCUUCACAGAAAUGUUGAGUGCAGACACCUAAAGCACUGACAGGGGCCUGGGCUUUGCCAUUGCAUCUCUGGGCACUAAGCUAUAUUAUACGAAUGGCAACGCUUACCAUCUCUUGGUGUAUACCCUGUGACCAGACUUGCACACCCUGUUCUUCUGGCCAAGCCACUCCUCUCUGCACUCCAGCUGCUAGAGCUGCAUCCCUGUUCCCUCUGCUGCUUCACUGGAGAUCCUGCCACUCAGUUUAAAUGCUGAGAUGAAUUACAGCACCAAGUCUUCUGCUCUGUCAGCUCCUUUCUUCCAACUUGAAAUCCAGUGAUUAAACACAGACACAUCAUCAGCCUUGAGUCCUGGCAUCACACAGCCCAUCAACUUGGCUUCUCUUGCACCAAAUGAGAAUUUGUAGUAUCAGCUCAGGUUAGAGAGCUGUGAACUCAUCUGGAAUGUUAAAGGUGAUUAUUAAGUCAGUUAACAAUUGGGUUUAUUUAAUUUCUAUAAUUUCUUUUUAAUUUCCAUACUAAAGCAUAGCUAUAUUAAAAAUACAGAAUCUAUUCUUAACUAGCUCUAGGGAAAAUGCACUAGAUCAGGGCUCGUUCCAUGCCUCAUGGCUACUGAUUCACUAUCCAAACUGCAAAAUAUACCUUUAUCCACCCUUAAAAGGAUAUGACGACCCAACUUUGCCUAUUUUCCUGGAUUAAACACCGCUGACUCUCUUCCUUUUUUAUCAAACUGGUCAUUGUCCCUGUUGUGCUUCACAAAAAAACUGUAUGCAUUUUGCUUUUUGU